AUGCACCCAGAAGACCCUUUUAUCCCUUAUCUCGGCCUUUCACCCCGUUCCUUCCCCCCUCUCCGCCUUACACCCUUCUUCCCCCUCUUUCCUCACUGCCUUACCCAAUUCUUCCCCCUUUCCGCUCUCUCACCUACGCUCUACUUCCCCCUUUCCCCUCUCUCCUUACACCCUAGUGCCCCCACCAUGCGUGGUGUGCCUUACACCGUUCUGAGACCCUUUUACACCAUGAGUUUUCUGCCUUACACCCUGUUUCCCCUUUCCCCACUCUGCCUUUCCCCCUUCUACAACCUUUCAACCCUCGGUGCCUUACGCCCAGCUUCCCCCAUUUCCCUCUCUUUCCCUACACCCUUCUUCCCCCUUUCCCCUCUCUGCCUUAUGCCCUUCAUCCCCCUUUCCCCUCCCUGCCUCUCACCCUUCUUAUCCCCUUUCUCUCCCUGCCUCUCACCCUUCUUAUCUCAUUUCCCUCCCUGCCUCUCACCAACCCUACUCUCUUUCCCUCCCUGCCUCUCACCAACCCUACUCUCUUUGCCUCCCUGCCCCUCACCCUUCUUCCCUUCCCCUCCCUGCCUCUCGCGCUUCUUAUCCCCUUUCCCUCCCUGCCCCUCCCCCUUCCUGUCCCCUUUCCCUCCCUGCCUCUCACCCUUCUUAUCCCCUUUCCCACCCUGCCUCUCACUAACCCUAUCCCCUUUCCCUCCCUGCCCCUCCCCCUUCCUGUCCCUUUCCCUCCCUGCCUCUCACCCUUGUUAUCCCCUUCCCCUCCCUGCCUCUCACCCUUCUUAUCCCCUUUCCCUCCCUGCCUCUCACCCUUCUUAUCCCCUUUCCCUCCCUGCCCCUCCCCCUUCGUAUCCCCUUUCCCUCCCUGCCUCUCACCCUUGUUAUCCCCUUUCUCUCCCUGCCUCUCACCCUUCUUCUCUCAUUUCCCUCCCUGCCUCUCACCAACCCUACUCUCUUUCCCUCCCUGCCUCUCACCCUUCUUAUCCCCUUUCCCUCCCUGCCCCUCCCCCUUCCUGUCCCCUUUCCCUCCCUGCCUCUCACCCUUCCUAUCUCCUUUCCCUCCCUGCCUCUCACCAACCCUGUUCUCUUUGCCUCCCUGCCCCUCCCCCUUCCUGUCCCCUUCCCCUCCCUGCCUCUCACCCUUCUUAUCCCCUUUCCCUCCCUGCCUCUCACCCUUCUUAUCCCCUUUCCCUCCCUGCCCCUCCCCCUUCGUAUCCCCUUUCCCUCCCUGCCUCUCACCCUUGUUAUCCCCUUUCUCUCCCUGCCUCUCACCCUUCUUCUCUCAUUUCCCUCCCUGCCUCUCACCAACCCUAUUCUCUUUCCCUCCCUGCCUCUCACCCUUCUUAUCCCCUUUCCCUCCCUGCCUCUCACACUUCUUAUCCCCUUUCCCUCCCUGCCCCUCCCCCUUCCUGUCCCCUUUCCCUCCCUGCCUCUCACCAACCCUAUCCCCUUUCCCUCCCUUCCUCUCACCCUUCUUAUCCCCUUUCCCUCCCUGCCUCUAACCCUUCUUAUCCCCUUUCCCUCCCUGCCUCUAACCCUUCUUAUCCCCUUUCCCUAUCUGCCUCUCACCAACCCUAUCCCCUUUCCCUCCCUUCCUCUCACCCUUCUUAUCCCCUUUCCCUCCCUGCCUCUAACCCUUCUUAUCCCCUUUCCCUCCCUGCCUCUAACCCUUCUUAUCCCCUUUCCCUCCCUGCCUCUCACCAACCCUAUUCUCUUUCCCUCCCUGCCCCGGGCCCCUUCUUAUCCCCUUUCCCUCCCUGCCCCGGGCCCCUUCUUAUCCCCUUUGCCUCCCUGCCUCGCACCCUUCUUAUCUCCUUUCCCUCCCUGCCCCUCACCGAUGCCAAUGUCGCACCGGCAGGGCCUGGAUGCAAAUGUCGCACCCGCAAGGGACGGGCAGAGGCACAGCUAAGCGCGCCCGAACUGGCGGGCCUGUUAGGUAAGCCAUUCCGCCUGAAGGGGAAAGGAAUUCAAACGCAGGGUCACCAACCACUAGCUGCAUUGUCGUGUGCUCGCGGCACCGCCCCUCCUGCCCCUCCUGCCCCUCCUGCCCCUCCUGCCCCUCCUGCCCCUCCUGCCCCUCCUGCCCCUCCUGCCCCUCCUGCCCCUCCUGCCCCUCCUGCCCCUCCUGCCCCUCCUGCCCCUCCUGCCCCUCCUGCCCCUCCUGCCCCUCCUGCCCCUCCUGCCCCUCCUGCCCCUCCUGCCCCUCCUGCCCCUCCUGCCCCUCCUGCCCCUCCUGCCCCUCCUGCCCCUCCUGCCCCUCCUGCCCCUCCUGCCCCUCCUGCCCCUCCUGCCCCUCCUGCCCCUCCUGCCCCUCCUGCCCCUCCUGCCCCUCCUGCCCCUCCUGCCCCUCCUGCCCCUCCUGCCCCUCCUGCCCCUCCUGCCCCUCCUGCCCCUCCUGCCCCUCCUGCCCCUCCUGCCCCUCCUGCCCCUCCUGCUUCUCCUGCCUUUUCUGUCCGUCCUCCUGUCCCCUCUGCUGCUCCGCAUACUUCUGCUCCUGUUCCUGCGGCCCCUCCUUGUCCUGCUGCUCCUCCUGCUGCUGAUUCCCUGUUUUGA